AUGAAGCUAUUUAAGUGGACUUUGGGUGCACUGCUGCUCCUCCUGUUGUCUAUCGGACACUGUAGAGGCCGCUCCAAGCUCAGCAGAGCAUCCCAACGGAGACACCCCCGAUCAGCGGGCAGCGGAGAGGAAGGCAAGAAAUGUGGUUACACCUUCUUGGUCCCAGAACAAAAAAUUACGGGGCCCAUCUGUGUGAACACCAACGGACCAGCUACUGGUAACAGAAAAGACGAAGUCACAAGGAUGGACAUAGAAAACCUGAAGGAUGUACUGUCCAAGCAGAAGCGGGAGAUUGACAUACUGCAACUGGUGGUGGAUGUGGAUGGAAACAUAGUCAACGAAGUGAAAUUACUGAGGAAAGAGAGCCGUAAUAUGAACUCACGGGUCACUCAACUCUACAUGCAGCUCUUGCAUGAGAUAAUUCGAAAGCGUGAUAACUCCCUGGAGCUCUCCCAGCUGGAAAACAAAGUCCUUAACGUUACCACAGAAAUGCUGAAGAUGGCAACAAAGUACAAGGAGCUGGAGGUGAAGUACGCCGCGCUGACCGACCUGGUGAACAACCAGUCGGUGACCAUUGCCCUGCUGGAGGAGCAGUGCCUGCGGCUCUUCUCCCGGCAGGACGGCCACGGCGCGCCGCCGCCGGCCGCCCCCCGAGCCCGCCACGGCGCCCACGAAGAGCCCUUUCCGAGUCCAUUCAAAGACUGUCAACAAGCCAAAGAAGCUGGGUACUCCAACAGCGGGAUUUAUAUGAUCAAACCUGAAAAUAGCAAUGAACCGAUGCAGUUAUGGUGCGAGAACAGCUUGGACCCUGGAGGAUGGGCAGUUAUUCAGAAGAGAACAGAUGGAUCUGUCAACUUUUUCAGGAACUGGGACAGUUACAAGAAAGGAUUCGGAAACAUCGACGGAGAGUACUGGCUGGGACUGGAAAAUAUCUACAUGCUUACCAACCAGGACAACUACAGGCUCCUGAUUGAACUGGAAGACUGGAGCAACAAGAAGGUCUACGCGGAAUACAGCAGCUUCCGCCUGGAGCCCGAGAGCGAGUUCUAUCGGCUGCGCCUGGGCACGUACCAGGGCAAUGCCGGCGACUCCAUGAUAUGGCACAACGGAAAGCAGUUCACAACGCUGGACAGAGACAGGGAUAUGUACACAGGGAACUGCGCUCACUUCCACAAGGGCGGCUGGUGGUACAACGCGUGCGCCCACUCCAACCUCAACGGCGUGUGGUACAGGGGCGGCCACUACCGGAGCAAAUACCAGGACGGCAUCUUUUGGGCCGAGUACCGGGGAGGCUCCUACUCCCUGAAAGCAGUUCAGAUGAUGAUCAGACCUAUAGACUGAGGAG